UUCAGAGUGGGAGAGAUGGGAGAAUGGGAAUCUGCAAUGGGAAUAAUGACAGCUGACAACAAAACAUCAUACCAUGUCAUUGGAUUACAGCCUUACACAGUUUAUUCAUUCAGAGUUGUUGCUGUCAAUGCCAUUGGAGCCAGCGAACCCAGCAAAGAAUCUUACUACAUGGUUACAUUAAGAGAAGUGCCAGACGGAAAACCCACGAUAACUAGUGCUUUCAACACGAGUAGUACAUCGAUACGUCUCCAGUGGGCGCCACCUCCCAAGCACACAAUCCACGGUGAAUUUUUAGGUUACCGUAUUACUUACCGGCCACGAGACCGGCCCGAAGAAGAGCGUGAAAUUAUCUUGAGGGAUCCAACCUUGAGGCAAUUUACUAUAAGAAAUUUGGACAUCUUCACUCAGUAUUUGAUUUCUGUACAAGUCUUCAAUCCUGCUGGUCAUGGUCCAGCUGCUACUGUUGCUGUGAUGACAGAUGAAGGAACUCCCAGUAAGCCAUUGAAUCUAACAAUUGGAAAAGUUAGUGACAGCUCUGUUAGAUUACGAUGGCAAGAACCUGAAUUUCCAAAUGGAAAUAUUCAAGGAUAUAGAGUUCAUUUUCUACAUACAGCACAGAAUCUUACUGAGAUGCGUAAAGCUCAAAACCCUCAGCCUGUCAUGGAUUACGUUCUACAAAAUUUAAAGCCAUUUAGCCAUUAUAAGGUGUGGGUCAAUGCUUAUACUUGGAAGCAUGAAGGCGAUCCCAGUAAAAUAUUGGAAUUUCAUACUGAUGUUCAAGGUCCAAGUGCUCCAUACAUUGUAAAUUUGACCUGCCAAACACUAGACAGUUUAUAUGUGCAAUGGGAAAGACCUCAAAUAUUUUUCAAUCGCAUAGACUAUUAUUUUGUCCAUUAUCGCUCUGAAAAUAACUGGGAUUUCGAAGAAAUUGCAAUGGCUUCCCCUCAUGAAAGAGCUAUUGAUCAUGGGAUGUUUAUUCCAAAUUUAACUGCCAAUACUAUGUAUGAAGUUAAAGUUAGAGGCGCUACUCGAAGUGUAAUUGAGCACUCUAAACUUUUUAAAGGACAGUUCUCCGAGCCAAGAAAAGUACUUCUUCAAAACAAGUGCCCUAUGUUUUAUGGUGUUCCAUAUUCUGAUACUUCAUUGAGUGCUGGAAUGGUUGCUGGUGUUAUGUGUGCCUCUUUUGCUUUAUUAUUAGCCAUUGUUUCGUUUAUCCUGUGGAGGAAAUAUUUCCAAGCAGCCUAUUAUUACCUAGAUGAUCCUCUAGGAAACAGAGCUUCCCCACAACUGUCAGAAACAUUUGAUGACUCAGAAUAUGCCGCUAUACCAAUUCAUUUGUGGCAAAAACAUGUAUCCGAGCUUCAUGCAGAUGGUGAUAUAGGCUUUUCACGUGAAUAUGAGGCUAUACAACAAGCUACAGACCUUGAUCUGUCAUCUGAACAUUCACAAAUGAUGGAGAAUAAAAAUAAGAACAGAUACGUCAAUAUAGUGGCUUAUGAUCAUACCAGAGUCAUUCUGAAGCCAUUAUCUGGACAGAAGAAAGCAUAUGAUUACAUUAAUGCCAAUUACAUUGAUGGAUACAAUAAGCCUGCUGCAUAUAUUGGUACUCAAGGCCCAUUACCUUCAACAUUUGACGAUUAUUGGCGAAUGAUAUGGGAACAAAGAGUAUAUAUUAUUGUUAUGAUCACAAAUCUAGUUGAAAGAGGCAGGAGGAAGUGUGACAUGUACUGGCCGAAAGAAGGCAGUGAAACUUAUGGAGUAAUUCAAGUCAGACUUGUAGAAGAAUUGGUUAUGUCCACCUAUACUGUACGGACAUUUGCUAUUAAAAAUACAAAAUUAAAGAAGAAAUUUAUGUGUGAGCGAAAUGUUUAUCAAUAUCAUUACACGAAUUGGCCAGAUCAUGGUGUUCCUGAUCAUGCCCUACCGGUUCUUAAUUUUGUUCGAAAAUCUUCCAAUGCAAAUCCUAAUAAUGCUGGACCAAUUAUAGUUCACUGCAGUGCUGGUGUUGGUAGGACAGGAACUUAUAUUGUGUUGGAUGCUAUGCUGAGACAAAUACAACAUAGACAAACUGUAAAUGUGUGCGGUUUUCUUAAACAUAUUAGGCAGCAAAGAAAUUAUCUAGUUCAAACUGAGGAGCAAUACAUAUUUAUUCAUGAUGCUCUCUUGGAGGCUAUUGAAAGUGGUGAAACAGAAGUUCCUUUACAUAGUUUUGGCUCAUAUUUGGAUAAUUUGACUAACACAGUUAAUGACAGCGGAGAGAAAUGUGUGAGCCCUCUUGAAAAGCAGUUUAAGUUGGUUACUUCCUUCAAAGCUCGUGAUUUUAAUGUGGUGUCUGCUUUAAAACCAUGCAAUAAAGGAAAAAACAGGUCUCUAAAUCUAAUUCCUUUGGAAUCUUACCGAGUUCAUAUCACCCCCAAACCUGGAACUGAUGGCUCUGAUUAUAUUAAUGCAACAUUUUUACCUGGCUUCCAUAAACUAAGGGAAUUCAUUGUCACUCAACAUCCAUUAUCUACUACAAUUGCUGAUUUCUGGCAGAUGGUAUUUGAUCUUAAUUCACAAACAAUUGUUGUUCUUUCAUCAAUUGACGACAAGGAAUAUCCACGCUUUUGGUCUAAAAAAGGCGAGGAGGUUGACUAUGGAAGUUUCAAACUAAAAAUGGUUGAAGAAACACCUCAAGAGGUUUUCGUAACUAGGGAUUUUGUUUUGCAAGCUACCCAAGAUGAAUAUGAAAUAACCCCCUGUCGCCUUAUUCAGUGUCCAGGCUGGCCUGAUACUUGCACUCCUCCUAGUAAUGUAUUUGAUUUGAUUCAAGUUGUAAGGAAAUGGCAUUCAGAAUCUCAACAUGGUCCUGUUGUUGUUAUUGACAGGUUUGGUGGCACUGAAGCUGCUGCUUUUUGUUGUCUGACGACUUUGAACAAGCAAUUAGAAUAUGAGAAAUGUGUUGAUGUGUAUCUUCAUUGUAAAUUGUACCACAUGAGAAGGCCAGGAAUGUGGAAAACUCAGGAUGAUCUUUUGUUCCUGUAUCGCUCGCUGGAAAAUGUUGUUGCUUCUAGUUCUACUGAAGUUGAUGCAGCAAUUGGAAAUGCUACAAACGGCCAUGUGAACACUAAUGGACAUGCUGUUAAAUUGUCAUCUGUAUGUAGUAAAGAUUCAGCAGCAGCAUGAUGACAAAGUAUAUUAAUUCCCUGAAUUCAUAAAGUUCAAUAUCUUAUUUUAAAUAAUUGGAUAGAAAUUCCUGGUGAAGAUGGAGAUAAUGUUACUGUAUAAAUUGAGGAUUACAACUAUUAAGAAAUGUACUAAAAUUAUUUCAUUGUUGGAAUUCCUUCAACCGUGAUAUUACCAAAAUCAGUUUUUCUAAUGCCCAGAAUUUGUAAAUGUGAAAAAAAAAAUAUAUUACCUACAGGAAAACUUUGAAAUUCUAUAUAUAUAUAUAUAUAUAUAUAUCUAUAUAUACAAGCGUAUAUAUGUAUAAAAUAUAUUCCCUCGAUAAUGAAAAGACUACUAGAGCAAUUAGGAAUACUGGAAUUGUUAUAAGUGUUCCAAGAAGUUCCAGCUCCUGCACUGCCUGUGUACAGUUGUGGUAGCUAUGAGAAAGUUUGUGAUGCUAAACUUGGCAUCUAUUGUGGCUAACUCGAUUUGAGUUGAUAUUCCUCUGUUACUGAAUCAGACUGAUACUACGCAGAGACGUCAGCUAGUCAAGAGCUAUGUAAUAUUAAGCUUUGUGCUUGCUCAAGUAAAUUCUUUUCCAAGGCCAGAACUCUGGAUUUUUUGACAACCAGAGUGGGAGUGGAUUUUAUGUGCAGUUUUUCACUUGAGAAAAAAUGGGCUGAUAUUAGUUGUAAGAUAGGAAGACGACUACAUUUAGGCAGCAAAAUACUUUAAAGAAAUGGUGCUCAUGUCAGUUUCAGUAACUCCAUAACAAGCCCUAUUUAAGUUAAAUUUUGUAAUGAAUGUAACUAGAAACUAUUGUAGCUCAAUUUUUACAGCAUGGAAAAUGUUUUGUUUUGUAAAAACUAAAUAUUUUCAAACUAGUUUGACUUUUGAAUCAACAUUCAUGUAGAAGGCAAAUUUUUUGUGUGUGCAAUUAUUUCUCCCUUGAAAAACUGCAUUAGAUGAAGCCCAUAAGUAUACAUGCAUUUAUUCCUGAUACACUUCAGGUUGUCAGGUCCAUUGUGAUUGUGCCUGUAGUUUAUGGACUAAAUCUUUUUUAUCUCCCACAGAUUAUUGGGUUGUUUUGUAAAUUAUGCUUGUACAUUGUGUAGCUGUUUAAAACUGCAUUAUAAGUAUGUGUGUGUCAAACAGAUUCAUAGCCAAAAGGACAAUGUUGGCAUUGUUAUUUCUAUAAAAGGUCUGAAUUGCUUGAAAUAGCAGGGAAUGAAAUGGUUGUAACUAGGCAAAUGUGAGCACUUUAUUUUGUCUUUUAUGAAUUUACUUAGUUCCUUAAAACAUGUAAAUAAAUCUUGUGUAGGUAUAUGAUGAUUUUGUUCUUUGUGUACAUCUGUAUGUGUGUAUGAUGUGUUUCUCUCUUAGAUACACACUUACAUUUGUAUAAAUCCAUAUAUAUGCAUAUUUGCAUACAUACUGAUCUUCUCUGUUGAAACUGUGAGUUAAAAAUGUACUUCUAUUGGGGUUUUGUAGAAUACAUUCUAUGUGCUGUGUAAUAAGCUGUUUCUAUUAAAUAGCGAAAUAGCAAGUAAAUUAUUUAACGUGAAUGGUAAAAUCUAUCGGAUGUUAUGCGAUGGGAAAAUUUUAUUUUCUUUAGAAUACUCCAUGCAUUGGUAUACAAAGUAUACACAAAUUCUAGAUGGAUAGCGGAAAAAAUGUUACAGGAUAGAUUUAGUGCAAACCAUUGCUGCUAAUUUUAAGCUGCAGUUAAGAAUAACUAUUUUAAACUAUAAUCUUAUGUACAUGUCUUACAAAUUUUAAAUUUAUACCUAAGAGUUCAUUUACCAUUUAUGCAUUCUCUACCUUUCUUUUACCUGAAGCAUGUGUGCGAUAUCAAGUCGUAGAAAUUUAUUAGAUUAGUUUGUAUUUUAGUUCAUGGAUUUAAUACAUUUGAAUGUUACCUUAUUUAUUAACCAUGAUAAGACAAAAAUUAACAACUUUUUUCAAUCGGUGGUGGCUCAUCCACAUUUAUCGCAAAGUUGCUACCUUCUAGCGGUCUGUUUCAAAAAAAAAAAAAAUAUGUUUCAAUUAUGCAUACUAUUAAGACAUUCUUUUCACAUUGACUGAAUAUAGAUGAGAUCAUAAGUGAAUUUAUUUUGCCACUAUGUUAAUGUGAAUGAACUACUUUAUUUGGCAUGCUAAUUAAACUUGCAGAGAAACCAAAUGCCUUCUGCUUGCAGAAAAGCUAUUGUAUAUGAGCCAUUGUGACUUAUGAAAUGAUGGAGGUUAAGUAUUUUAACAUUCUGUGACUCUGCAAUAGAUCAGUUGCAAUUGUAUGUUUCAGUGGCAUAUGUGAGGGGAAGAUCUUGUAAGCAAGACCCACAUCUUGAAAAUGCAAAGGUUAUUAUUAUGAUUUUUAAUUAAUUAUUCCUCAUAUUUUAAUGCUGUGAUGAUCAAAGCAAUUUAAUGUGCUCUGAUUGUGGUUGGACGAUGAUCUGAGCAAUUUUAUGUGUGCUUUAACAACCUUUUAAACAUUGAAAUAUAUUUUCAGUAUAAGAAUUUAUUUCAAUUGCAAGUAUUCAUUUAUGCUAUGAGUUAUCUAAGAUUUUUUCCAUGGGGAUUUCGUUAAUGUUUCAGAGAAAAUUAAUAAAAGGCGAGUAUUAAUUUUCUUUCCCUUUAUUAUUUUUUUCCCCUUUAUCCUAACUGUUUUUGUAGCUAUUUUAGUCUUUUUUCUUCAAUAGAAUACUAAAUGAUAAGUUUUGAAUAUUUUGCAAAAGAGUGUUUUUGUAAUAAUUAAGAUAAGUUUUUACAAAUAAUUCAUAUAUUUAAUUUGUUCGAUGCAUUUUAAUAAUUAUAUUUUAUCAAAAUAAUCUUGCUUUCCAGCUACAUUAGUUUUUCAUCUAUGUAUCAUAUUUAUUUCCUGCAACCAAAUUUGAGCCAUGGGCCACCACUAGUUUUAACUAUGGGGUACUUAAAUGCAAUUUAAAAAAUUUUAACUUAGAAACAACAGAAAUUGUUCUAGGAGUAAAAUCUUUUCCAAAUCUUUCUUUGAAGUAUUUUUUCAACUCUUGCAUAUUUUUGUAUGUUGAGAUACUUUCAGCAAUUAUUUUAACGUGAAAUUCAAUACCAUUAGUUUUUCAAUAGUUAAAUAAUCUUAUUACAUAAGAAAAGAAAAUGCUUGAAAAAUGUUUGAAGAAAUUCAUUAGUAGUAUUUGUUUUUGCAAUUAAAACCUUUCUUCCUGGUUUUGUUAAAAACUCUUUUUAUAAAUAAAAUCUGAAUUAACUAUGCCAGUAACGUAUGUAAUAUACACGUGUUAUUUAUGUCACAUCUUUUUUUGUAUGCUUAUAAAAUGCACGUUUUUUUAUUCAGUUGUACAUUUGCAUUAAAAUUUUGUUCAUCUAUUUUUGUGAUAAACUUUUAAUUUUACUUCCAAAUGCUUUUGGCAGCUGCAAUUAAAAUGAUCUUUUAGGGACCAUGAACUUUUGUGAUAUUGAAAUUCUGUUUUGAAUUUUGUUGUGUAGUUUGUUUUAAUGUGUUAUCAGUAUUUAAUUAUUUUAAGUUUUAAACUAUUCUGAACUUGUUUUGGUUAAAUUGCAAGAAAAAAGUAUUAUAUUGGUUGUACUAAGAAUGAAUUAUGAAAUAUUUAUUGGCAAAAUAUUUAGAGGGUUUUUAAUUUUUUUGGUAUUGCUUACAAGCUUUUUUAAAAUGUCAACUCUCUAAAUUCCUUAUAACUCUGUGCAGGAAUCUUGUAAGCAGCAAAUUUUUAAAAUGUCACCAGUUACACCAACCAUAUGAUUGAGGUAUUAUUGUUUAAUAGCAAUUAAUUGGCUAUUAACAAUUUUAUAACAAUGUUAGGAGAAACCUGUGUACUUAGUCACUUUUUCUGAUACUUAAAAACAGAUAUACUGACCUGCUUAGAAGUGGAAAACUAAGGUGAUAAGGAAGUUACAAUUUUCUUCAACUUCUUACUUUUUAAUCUUCAAAGAUUAUCAUAUAACUUAGGAGAAAAGGUUGAUUCAUCCCCAUGGCUCAUGCUAGGGAUCAAAUGUACAUUGUCCUAUUGAAAGAUAGUGGCCCUACAUCACUAGUUAGUCCUGUCAGUAUUUGCAUGAAUCCUUAAAAUAAUACCAUAAAUUCUAUCAUUUCAGCAUGUCCAACUCAAACUUUUCCGUAUACAUGAUUUUUUUUUUGAGAAAACUCACUUUAAUUGAACAAUUUAGAUAGCUAAGGCAGUUUUCCUGCAUUUAUUAUGAAAAAUUUUCCAAUAUAAAAUUAAUGCCUCACAGGUAGAACUUUACACAUAUACUGUACUUUUGCUAAAUACUACUUAUACAAAAUUCUAAAUACUUUUCCUUGUUAUAACAUUCAGGACCAUAUAAAAUUUUAACUUUCAACUUGCCACUGUUUUCUCUCAAAAUUUUGAGAUAAUAGGUGCUGAUAUGUGUACAAUUUAAUUUAAAUAACUUAAAGUUUUACUGCUUAAGUGGGGUGGUGGGUCUCUACUACAAAAGGAACAUUCAAAAUAUUUAAUCUUUAUGACUCGUAAAAUGGUAGAUGCUGAAUAAAAGGAUUCUUGCACAGAGCCACAUGAAUAUAUAUAACUCUCUAUAUACAUAGAGUAGAUAUGUGUAUGUAAGGAAUUUUAAUGAAUUUUUUAAAGUUUUUAAUAAUUUCUUUACAUGUAUUUUAUUCAAAGCUUCACACUUAAUCCCUAAUUUAAUGCUCCUCAUAAUUACAUUCUGUAAGUUAGUGGGCACAUGGAAAGACUUAUAGCAGAGCUAAAUGUGCACAAACUUCCAUUCCCUGAAAAUUGCUGAAUAUCGACAUGAUAGUAAAUUGUCCUGGUUGAAGUUCAAGAAAUUUUAACUACUCUCAUAUGAUAUAUUUAAUGCAGGCAAUUCAUUCUUUAACUUGUUCAGUAUUAUUUAUCUUUAAAAUAAUUUGAACCUAAAUGCGUAAUGUAGUUUUUAAAGCAUUUCUUAUAUUUUCUAUAGGAUUUAAUUUGUAUCAAUAUUUUUUUACAUUUGUAAAUAUUUACUGUGUUUUUUUUUCCAUUUGAAAUUUGUGAUGUUUUUUUUACAUAUUUUUUCCUUUCUUUUUGUACAAACUAUCAUUACUUAAGAAUGUAUAUAUCACUUUCCAUUUUUCUAACCAUUUCAUUUCAUUUAUCUUGCUUAGCAUGAAUCUCAUUUUGGUUGUUUUCUAUUCAAAAAAAUAAUAUUGUUUAAUUUUAAAACAAUUUGAGCAGUAUUAUGAAAAUGGCAAUUGUUGCUCAAGCAGUACAUAUGUUUAUCUGAAAACAAAAAGAAAGAAUAAAUUUAUCCCAUUAAUGAUUUUGUGUAAUUUUUGAACUCGGAAAUUUAUUGUUGGUUACAUAUACCAUUACACAAUUAGUGUUUAAUUUCUUAAAAUCGUAUAUAAGCUACUUUUAUAGCAAAACAUACAAUGUUACUAAAACAC